CGUAGCUUUUCGGGACAGUGCCAAGGAGACCACAACAAGGAGAACAACCACCACCAGCUUACGCUCAAGCAUCCAGCCGAGUCUUGUUGUUGUUGUUGUUGUCGUUGUCGUCGUCGUCGUCGUCGUCGUCGUUGUUUCACGUCUGUGUUCAUCAUGAAAGCCAUCAGUCCCGUCCGCUCGGUGAGGAGCUGCUACAAGGCCGUGUGCUGCAUCUCGGAGCAGAGUCUCGCCAUCAGCCGGAAUAAACACUCGUGUCUGGAGGAGCCGGUGAGCGCCCUGUGCGACAUGAACGACUGCUACUCCAAGCUGAAGGAGCUGGUGCCGAGCAUCCCGCAGAACAAGUCGGUCAGCCAGGUGGAGAUCCUGCAGCACGUUAUCGACUACAUCUUCGACCUGCAGAUCGCGCUGGAGGCGGAGGACGCGGCCGCGCCGGAGAUGGUUUUGUCAAUAAAGACUGCGGACCUUACUCGCAAUUUCUCCAAAGAAGAGGGGCGGUUGUGCCACUAGGACGCUGCUGACAGAAUAUGGUGCAGGGAAACACAUGUCUCCACUUCACUCCGGGCAAGAGGACAAGAGGGGCAGAAAGGGUGGGAUAGGUAUUUGGGAAGAAGAAGAGGGAGGAGGAGGAGGAGGAGGCGGAGGGAGGUGGAGUGUUUUAAAGAAAGAAAGAAAAGACAGGAAAAAGUGGAUUGUUUCCUAGAUGAGUGGGGAUCGACAGUAGUGCAUGACCAAGAAAACAGAGACUCAUUCUUUGGCCCGUGGACAGACAAAUCAACACACCAAAGCAGAAGCCAGGAUUGGAAACUGAAAGCAACCAGCUUUGUACGUCCUCCUCAACAAACCUGGGAUUCCCAAUAGAUAGAACUAGAAAUGUUGGUACAUUGUUCUCUUAUUUUCCUUUUUUUUCUUGUGUGUGUGUGUGUGUCGCAUUCCAAACAAACCUUUUGUGGGUUAAACUCACACCCGACCUGAACCCAUCAAGUGUCACAUCAUCUCACAUAAUUUUCCCUGUAUUACACCCCACCACC